AUGGAGUGUGAGAAUUUUCAGCCAAGUUACAUUAAUCCAUUUCUUGAAUAUAGCAACUUAGAAACCACAUUUCCUUGGCAAAUUCCUAGUAUUAACCCUCAGUGUUCCAUCCAAGAUUUUGUGACUGUUGUUAGUGAUGUUGACAUACUAGACUAUUUCCCAAAUGGCUUUGAUUUCAUCGAUGGAGAUGUCGACUCCCCCCUUCAAAACUCUCAACAAUUGUCCUUAUUUUCAAGUCCACAACAAGUUGUUCGGGGAGAUACUGAAUCUUCGACAGAGGAUCAAAAAUUACGUGUGUGCAAUCCCCGUCUCAAAUUCCUUCAAGAUCAGCUCAUGGAGGAAACAAGUGUAACUGAUCUUCUUCUCAUGGGAGCUGAAGCUAUUGAAGCUGGAAAUGUUGAUCCUGCUUCUAUAAUUAUCUUGAGGCUAAAUACAAUCCUUUCUGAUCAAGAAAACAAAGAAAAUUCCCCUGUUGAAAGAUUGGCUUUGUAUUUCACACAAGGCUUGUUAUGCAAGACUUUGAAUAAUUCACCUGAAUUGUUGAAUCAGAAUCAAUAUCAACCAUCGCCUUCAAUGACCGCGUUUCAAAUGCUUCAAGAAAUCUCCCCUUACGUGAAAUUCGCUCAUUUCACCGCGAAUCAAGCGAUUCUUGAAGCCACACAAGGAAGCCAACAAGUUCAUAUAUUGGAUUUUGACAUCAUGGAAGGCAUCCAAUGGCCUCCAUUGAUGGUUGAUUUGGUUGAAAGAGGGAAUUUAAAUUCUUCUCUAAGGAUCACAGCAGUUGUUGGUGACAAGAAUAAUUCAUUCCAUGUACAAAAAACAGGCAAAAGACUUCAAGAUUUUGCUGAUUCUAUCAAUCUUCCUUUCAUGUUUGAUCAAGUUCUCUUGGAGGACUUAAAAAAAAUUCAAGUGUUGGAGGGUCAUAACAACUUAAUAGCUAAUGUUAUGAUCCACCAACUUCACAUGCCACAAAGGGGAAAUUCACUGGUCAAGACAUUUUUCGAUGGACUAAGAAGAUUGUCCCCUAAAAUUGUGGUCUUAGUUGAAGAAGAACUGUUCAACUUAACUAAAAUCCCAUCCAUGUCUUUUGUUGAGUUCUUUUGUGAGGCUCUACACCAUUACACAACAAUAUCUGAUUCAAUUCUUGAAGGGUUUGGUGGAGGAUACAAGUUAGCAUUAAGGGUCAUUGAAAAAGAAUUCUUAGGAGUUAGAAUUUUGGACUCUUUAAGACAAUUCCCUUGUGAGAGAUUAGAAAGAGAAAAAUGGAAAGAAGGGCUUUAUUCUUUAAAAGGUUUUAGGCAAAUUCCAAUGAGUACAAGUAAUUUGAGACAAGCUAAGCACUUGGUGAGUUUGUUUAGUGGAGGAUAUUGGGUGCAACAUGAGGAUUGGAAAUUGGCUUUGUGCUGGAAAUCAAGGCCUUUGACAAGUGCUUCCAUUUGGGUUCCCACAUCAUCAAGUCCUAGUCCUUCAAGUUCAAUAUCUUUUUAACCUUUUUAAUAUAAAUUUUGGAUUAUUAACUAGAUUGGGUUUUAGUUAGUUUUGGAGCUUAUUGAAAUUUUACAAUGUAAAUAUAGUGAAGUAGU